AUGUGCAUCCGCAAGGAUCAGUGGUCGAAUGCUGCAGCAAUCAAGCGUUCGAUCUCUGACAUCGACACUGAUGCAACCCUGGAAGACCCAGUGCCUGCAUGCCUUUCCUCCUGCGCGAGCGGUUCCGUUGGCUUUCCGGACCUGCCUGUACCGGAGGAGGGCACAACUCUCGCAGACUCGCUCGACCGUGGGCUGCUAGCACGUGAGUUCUGCGAUCUACAGCCGGUAGGCAGCGGUGGCUACGGGAAGGUGGUCAAGGCGUGGCAUCGAACUACGAAACAGUGGGUGGCCUUGAAGUUAAUUCCCUUGCAACUUCGAGCCUCGGAAACCGUGGAUGACAACAACACGCGUUGGAGCGGGCUCGAAGUUUUUCAGCAUUUGCAGAAGUUGCGAAGUUCGAAGGUUAUUCGUUACGGAAGGAGAUGGUCUGAGCUUUCCCAGGACCUCCCAAGCAGCUGGAGCGCUUCGUUGAUGUCGCCGAGCAGUGCUCGUGCUGCUGCCCUGCGGCCGAUAGCUGAUCCCGUGACACCAGUCUCGACGAUGAGCUUGACGAGUGGUUUUGAGAGCUCCUGUGGCUUCGAAUGGGUGGUCAAUGAAGAAGAGGAGUUUCAGGAGAAAUCGGCCCAGUCGCCAGUCGCCAAGCCAGAUUCGGAUUCGAAGCCUCGACGGCAGCGGUCCGGAGGCUCCGAGAAGCACUACGACGUGGUUCUUAUCAUACAGAUGGAAUAUUGCGAUGGCAUCACACUUGCUGAUUGGUUGGCCUAUCCGAAGUUGCGGCCGAAACUGCUGAAGGGAGGCAUGGGGGCUGCUGCGCAGCUCUUCCGCCAGCUGAUGCAAGGCUUGGCAGAUCUUCAUGAAGCCGGCAUCGUCCAUUGGGAUGUGAAGCCGGCGAACAUCUUGAUCUCCAAGGAGACUGGUACGCUGAAGAUUUUCGACUUCGGCCUCGCGAAGCUGCGCUCAGAUGGCCUUUGCCAGAAGGGCAUGUCCAACUCCAGCUUCAGCAACCAAGUUUCGCGUACAGCAAUCGGCACGCCAGGAUAUGCACCACCGGAGCACUGCAUGCACGCAAGCCCCGACAAAAAGCCUCAGAGUCCAUCCGGUUCGUUUGUGCUUCCCCCCGCCCACCCACAGUCGGAUAUUUUUUCGGCUGGUAUCAUUCUCGUGGAGCUGCUGAUGGCCGGAGUUGCCGGCGAGGGGCCCUCAUGGACCACUGCCAUGGAGCGCAUCUCCAUUCUUGGAGCCCUUCGUGACGGCCGCGAGUCCGCUUUGCCCGCCACGCUGCUUCGAGACCGAGGUGUUGGCGCAUGGCUGCGCCAACUCGUCUUCCGCAUGGUAAACUGGAGUGUUGAUGGGCGUCCGACCGCCCAAGAGGUACUGGACGAGAUUGAAGCUGCGCAAUGGGCAUCUUCUCGUCAUAACCCAUACCUCGGAACGCAACACUCGCGAUCUCCACAGUUCGCGGCCAUGCUAACACACAUCUCGGCGGCGCACAAUCCUUACAUCGGUUUCUUUCUCGACCACCGCCGUGCUGUAAAGGCUUGA